UCGCCCCCGCGCCGGGGGCGAAGGCAACAAAGGGCUGCGGGCGGCGGCGGCAGUGACCCGCGUCUCAGGUGCUCACCUCCGGGCCAGGAGCACAAUUCUCGCGCCCGCCUCCCGCGUCCCGGGAUCUCCAGAUGAAGUGUGAGCACUGCACGCGCAAGGAAUGCAGUAAGAAAACAAAAACUGAUGACCAAGAAAAUGCCUUGGCCGAUGCAAUGAGUCCAACCCGGGAGAAGGAAGAAAAGGGAGAAUUCCAUAAGCUGGCUGACGCCAAAAUACUUCUGAGUGAUUGUCUGGCGUGCGACAGCUGCGUGACUGCAGAGGAAGGGGUCCGAGUUUCCCAGCAGAACGCCAAGGACUUCUUCCGUGUCCUGAACCUCAAUAAGAAAUGCGAUACCUCAGAGCACAGAGUGCUGGCUGUGUCUGUGUGCCCUCAGUCUUUGCCUUAUUUCGCUGCUAAAUUCAACCUCAGUGUGACCGAUGCAUCCAGAAGGCUCUGUGGCUUCCUCAAAAGCCUGGGGGUGCGCUACGUGUUUGACACGACCAUUGCUGCGGAUUUCAGCAUCCUGGAGAGCCAGAAGGAGUUUGUGCGGCGCUACCUGGGGCACAGUGAGGACAAGCAGGCGCUGCCCAUGCUGACCUCUGCCUGUCCCGGUUGGGUCCGGUAUGCUGAGCGGGUGCUGGGGAGCCCCAUCACCCCCAACCUCUGCACUGCCAAGUCCCCCCAGCAGAUCAUGGGCUUGUUGGUGAAGGACUACUUUGCCAGACAGCAGCCCGACCACAGGCUUGCUGUCUCUGCACAGAACCUCUCUCCAGAUGGAAUCUUCCAUGUCAUCGUGGGCCCUUGCUACGACAAGAAGCUGGAAGCACUCCGAGAGGACGUCCAGGCAGCCUCGCACACGUCACAGGGUGUGGACUGUGUGCUGACGUCAGGUGAACUUCUCCAGAUAAUGGAGCAGAGUGAGCUCUCAGUGAAGGAAGCUGCUGUUGACACUCUGUUCGGAGACUUGAAGGAGGAGGAGGUCCGGCGCCACGACGGAGCCAGCUCAGACGGCUACCUGGCCCAUGUCUUCCGACAUGCGGCUAAGGAACUGUUUGGCGAGGAUGUGGAGAAGGUCACCUGUCGAGCCCUGAGAAACAAAGACUUCCAGGAGGUAACUCUUGAGAAGGAAGGGGAGGUCGUGCUGCGCUUCGCUGCUGUGUACGGCUUUCGAAACAUCCAGAACAUGAUCCUGAAGCUGAAGAAGGGCAAAUUUCCUUACCACUUCGUGGAGGUCCUUGCGUGUCCUGGAGGGUGCCUACAUGGCAGGGGCCAGGCCCAGGCCGAGGACGGACAUGUGGACAAGGCCCUGCUGCGGCAGAUGGAGGGAAUCUAUGCGGACAUCCCCGUGCGGCCCCCUGAGACCAGUGAGCAUGUGCAGAUGCUGUACCGGGAGUGGCUGCAUGGGGCCGACCCCCCCAGGGUGCAGGAAGCUCUGCACACUUCGUUUCCGAGCGCCGGACUCACUGCCAGCAGCUUAGACAUCAAGUGGUAGAAGAGGAGGGGCUGGGGCAGCCACCCAGCUGCUCCUCAGGCAGGGACGCUGGGCGGGGAGUGCUAGAGACACGUUCAAAGAAAACAGGUCAGCUCUUUACUUUGAUUUUCAGAAUCCUCUCAACUCGGCUAUCCCCUAUUUAUUUGAGGCUCUCUAAUUUUAAUGUGGUGCUAUUCUUACAUGCAUGGCAUUGAAAUAUUUUAACAUGAGAGAUGGCGUUCCCUACAGAAGUAUUCUCUUCUGAGGCUGUGGUAAAAUCCCAAAGAAAAGAAUGGAGACAGACAAGUGUGUUUUAGGAUUGAAAAAAAAUAUAAACAGUGUCCUGGGAGAGCUGAGGCCCCAAGAGGUGCUGUUUCACAUGCCGCACGGGUCAUCUGAGGCAGAAACGGGGGGGGGGGGGCAGGGCGGCAGGGUUGCGGAUCCGUGCUGACCUGGGGGUCGUUGGGUGGCCCUGGCCCAGUGUGGCUCCUGGUUUUGCCAUCCACGUUCCCCUUAGAGAUGUUUUUACUUAGAGCUUGAACAAAUCACCAUAUUUUUUGGAAUCUGGGGGUUUCAAGCACAAAUCUGGGUACAGAUCGGAAGUUCUGGUGGCAGCAGGCCCAUGUUCCUGCCUUGCAGGCACUGUUUCUUGUGCCCUAACCCCCGGGCUUUUACAUUCACUUUUUAAAUUGAACUCCCCAUGAGACAACAGGGACACCUGACAAGGUUAUACUAACAAUAAAGAGGGAGACAGGAGGGACAGGAUGGAGAAUGGCAAGGCUGGUCCCAAGCCCAGGCAGCCACUCGCAGCUGUGAUUCGAGUGACUCUGGGGCCUCUGCUGCUCCUUGAAUCCAGUGGCUGGGAGCAGAGUCUGUGAAGGCCUCGUCCAGCCCUGAAGUCGGGUGAGACAGCCUCCCUCUGAACUCUUUCGGUCGUCCUUCAUCUCUGACAGGGCUUCUUCUCGUGCAGUGGACUGGUUUGUCUACUUAGCUCGAAGUGCCUCUGUGCACAGAUGAAGUGAUUCCCUCACCCCCACAGGUACUGCUGGUAGGAGUGUGACUUACAGGGGGUGGGAGAAGAAGAAAGAAGCGAAAGCCUUUUACCCACAAGUAAUUAAGAAAGGGCUGGCGAGCAGCUGGAAAUCUCCACCAUCAUAUGACUAUGUUAGGGUUCAUCCUGUGAAAUGAAAUCUGUCAAGAGGCCCCCAGCUGGUUUUAUGAGCGCUUGGGUCUCGCUAACAGAAGUGAUGACAUCCUUCAACCCCUCGGUGUAAGUAAAGCCUCAGCAGACUAAGUUACCUUCAUCCCGUCCAGUACUAUACUUGUAGGCCUAUCUGUGUUGAUAACUGGGGAUAUCGUGUUAAAUUGUAUAUAUAUUUUUUUGCUUUCAAUCUGUAUAUAAUUGGGUUUUCAUCCCCAGAAUAACUGAUGAUGGAAUAAACACUUGGAGAGCAUGUCUGCCUGUGCAGUGUUGACUGAACACUCUCCAGCCAGGGGGCAGCAUUGUGGUCACGUGAUGGGUGCUGCCUUCUUCAUGGUCCAGGCCCAGUGGCCUCCUCUCAGACUGCCUGAGCCAUCACCUGACUCAGAGCCAAAGAGUUCUUCAUUGUCUCAGUCUAAGAAGAAACUCAGCAGGUCUAGAACGCCAAGCCCAGGAGUUGGAGGGCUGAUCUUUUUUUUUUUUUUUUUAUCGUGCUUUAAGUGAAAGUUUACAAAUCAGGUCAGUCUCUCAUAUAAAAAUUUAUAUACACUUUGCUAUAUAUGAUCCUAGUUGCUGUCCCCCUAAUGAGACAGCCCACUCCUCUCUACUCUGUAUUUCUGUGUCCAUUCAGCCAGCUUCGGUCCCUCUCUGCCUUCCCAUCUCUGGAGGGCUGAUCUUUAUUGCUUCAAAAACUCCAAUCUUGAGGCUACAAUGAAGAAAUCACCUUAAUGACAGUAGCAUCAGUGGACAGUCUUUGACAGCUGACUUGCCCCGGGGCCUCUCCUGUUGUCUCAUAUAGUGCUAUUAUAACAAUACCCCAAGUACAUACCUUUAACAAAAAGAAGUUUAUUCUCUCACAGUCCAAUAGGCUAGAAGUCCAAAUUCAGGACUCCAGCUCCAGGGGAAGGCCUUCCCUGUUGGCUCUGGAGGAAAGUCCUUGUCAUCAGGCUUCCCUUGGUCUGGGAGCAUCUCAGCGCAGGAACCUCAGGUCCAAAGGAUAUGCUCUGCUCCUGGUGCUGCUUUCUUGGUGGUACGAGGUCCCCCUCUCUGCUCACUUCCUUAUCCUUUUAUCUCUUGAGAGAGAGAACAUGGUGUAGGCCACACCCCAGGGAAGCUCCCUUUACCUUGGAUCAAGGAUGUGACCUGGUAAGGGUGUAACAUAAAGUUAGAAUCACAAGGUGGAGGACAACCACACAGUACUGGGAAUCAUGGUCUAACCAAGUUAAUACACUUUGGUGGGGGGAGACAUAAUUCAACCUGUGACACCUGUAUUAGGGAGUCCAGGAUGAGAGGCCUGGGUGCUGACCCAUGGGAGGUGGCUGGAGUCUCACCUGGGGCUGGUCUUGGGUUAUGGCCUUGUGUAGUUUGUCUUCUGCAUAAGAGAAAAGCAGAGAGGUUUCCUUUUCAUUUGUUAUAACCCAAACAAAACAAUGGGGUCAAAGGGUGAGGUGCGGAGAGGGCAGCGUUGUGCCUUGGCCUGCGGUGUUGCCACAGAGAGCGUCUGCUUGUGGUGCAUGGGUGAGAGGAGCAAGACAGUAAGUGCAGACACAUCCUGCCCACCGCUGUACAGGAACUCUCUGAAUCCUGGCACUGCUCUGCUUCCAGUGGGCAGUGAACAUGUCUGGUCAAUGUGUAUGGGGUGGGGGGUCAUCUUGGUGAAUAACUUAAGCGCCUGUGGCCUGACAGGUAGAAGAGCCCAUGUUGGGGCCAUAUUGGCCCAGAUGUUUCAGUUGCAGUUCCAGCCAGAGUAGACCCCUGCGCCUGCUAAUCACACUUGGCUUUGCUGGGGUUGAGGACUGGGACUCGUUUGCUGCGCGUUCACCAUCGGUUGGCCCCGGCCCAGGGUGUGAAGGGAAGGCACUGCGUUUCUGCAAGCUCCUACAAUCCGUGGGCGACUUUGGGGGUGUCUGUUUCACAGUCAGCCUGCUGGCCUGAAGCUCAACAAAUACAGGCUUCUCAGCACUGGACCACAUGGGCCCUGUCGUCAUCAUCCCACGUCUGGGCACUUGACACCGGACCACAUGGGCCCUGUCGUCAUCAUCCCACGUCUGGGCACUUGGCACCGGACCACAUGGCCCUGUCGUCAUCAUCCCACGUCUGGGCACUUGACACCGGACCACAUGGGCCCUGUCGUCAUCAUCCCACGUCUGGGCACUUGACACCGGACCACAUGGGCCCUGUCGUCAUCAUCCCACGUCUGGGCACUUGACACCGGACCACAUGGGCCCUGUCGUCAUCAUCCCACGUCUGGGCACUUGACACCGGACCACAUGGGCCCUGUCGUCAUCAUCCCACGUCUGGGCACUUGACACCGGACCACAUGGGCCCUGUCGUCAUCAUCCCACGUCUGGGCACUUGACACCGGACCACAUGGGCCCUGUCGUCAUCAUCCCACGUCUGGGCACUUGACACCGGACCACAUGGGCCCUGUCGUCAUCAUCCCACGUCUGGGCACUUGACACCGGACCACAUGGGCCCUGUCGUCAUCAUCCCACGUCUGGGCACUUGACACCGGACCACAUGGGCCCUGUCGUCAUCAUCCCACGUCUGGGCACUUGGCACCGGACCACAUGGCCCUGUCGUCAUCAUCCCACGUCUGGGCACUUGACACCGGACCACAUGGCCCUGUCAUCAUCAUCCCACGUCUGGGCACUGCUUUUGUCCCCACAUGUGAGAUUGGAAAACCACAGCCCAGGUAAUCGACUCCUUGCUGAAUGCUGUUCAGCUGGCUCCUGAAAGGACUCUGGCUGGGCAGAGGGCCCUGUCACCCCACCUCCAGCCCAGCAUCUUCUAUUCCACCUCUUCCCAGCCACGCAAGUGUUUGGCUUGCUUCCCAGUCAGUAAGCCCAAGCGUAGCAUUUGUCAAAAGCAAAAAAGCCCUGAACUCUCUUGGGGGAAGGUAGCUCUUUCAGUUCUGGUUUCUGAAAGAUAACCUUGUGUCCUGAGAACUAGAAGAGCAGGUGCUAGAGCUGAAGUCUUAUUUAAAUGGAAAUGCAGAUAAAACCUAUAUAUAUUUGUCAAGGUUCCCCCCGCCAAAUUUAUUGUACUGCAGAUGGUUUAUCAGCCCAAACUAGUUUCUCAUUAAUAUACAUAUUGUUUUGUGACUUUGGUUGCUAACCCCACAACCUGUCAACACUCCUCUUCUUGACCUUGGGUUCCCAAAAAACUUUUUUUUUUCUUCCAGUAGACCAGCAAACCGUUUAUUUUAUAAAGGAUUGGGUCUGAGGAAAAGCUGAGGCCCUGUUGGCAGGGAUGUAAAUUGGCAGAGCUGUUGCGCAUUUGUGGGGGGCGGUCUGCAGUAGGGCACACAGCUCAGUGCGGCCCUCGGUGACCGUCCCCACAGCAGCGCCCCCUGGGUGCUUCCCAGCGCCGGAAAGAGCGUCUCUGUCGCCGUCACAGUAAAGGGCGGGAAACCCUGCCGGCGGUGGGGAUGGCUGGCAGGUCUGUGGGGGGGGAGCUCGGCAAGUGAUCAGAAAACAGGAGGUAUUUUAGGAAUUGACGUGGGAGCCUCAGCACGAGUAGAAAGACCCUUUUUGGUUUUUUUUUUUUUUUUUUAAGCCAAA